CUUGAGCAUGUCUUUCUUGACCGUAUUGACAAUUUCUCCAUUGACCAAGCCAACUUGAACAUUUCAUGUGUGCAUCAUUUAGAAGGUGUGUCCAUAUAGCAUGCCCAUGAGUCAUGACAGCAAAUGGGGAGUUCCUAGAAGGCGUUAACUUUACUCAAGACCUUCUAACCAGAGUACAACGAUGAUCAGACUCAACAACCAGGUGUAAAAUCAUAGAGGUUGUCUCCCCAGCAGUGAUGCUGGUGGCGUAGGCUCAGGGUGCGUCUCAUCUCCCAUGGAUGUUACCACCAUGGACCCAGAGUCAGCCUGCACGUCACAGCCCCAGGGGUCCCUAGGUAAAGGAGGGGGCUCCCUGCUAUCUGGCAGGGGUUUGGGCGCUGCGCUCGGCCCCCGGGGGAAGCACUACGUGUGUGGCUCCAUAGCGGCCUUCACCAACAUCGUGGUGACCUUCCCCAUCCAGAAGGUUCUGUUCAGACAGCAGCUUCACGGUGUGCGGGCCAGAGAGGCCGUCAGACAACUCCAACGGGACGGGAUGAGGAAACUCUACAGGGGGCUGCUCCCUCCUCUGCUCCAGAAGACCACCACUGUAGCCAUCAUGUUCGGCUUGUACGAGGACUUCUCCCGGGUCUUAUUGGACCAGGUGCCCACCGGCAGCGGCAUUCCCGAGCUGGUGACGCGGAGCUUUGCGGCGGCGCUGGCGGGCACGGCAGAGGCUGUGCUGACGCCGUUUGAGCGUGUGCAGACUCUCCUCCAGGACCACCGGCACCACGGCCGCUUCCAAAACACGCCCCACACCUUCCGGACGCUCCUGAGUGAGUACGGUGUGAAGGAGUGCUACCGCGGCCUGGUGCCGGUCUUAAUAAGGAAUGGGCCCAGUAAUGUGCUGUUCUUCGGGCUCCGCGGGCCCAUCAAGGAGCAGCUCCCUGAGGCCUCCAGCCGGGCUGGCCACCUGGUCAAUGACUUUGUGUGUGGAGGGAUGCUGGGGGCGGCGCUGGGGAUCAUGUUCUACCCGCUGAAUGUGGUGAAGUCGCGGGCCCAGUCCCAGGUGGGGGGUGCUUUCCGCCCCUGUGGGGAGGUGUUGAUGACGGUGUGGAGGGAGAGGGGCGGCAGCGUGGCCAUGCUGUUCCGAGGGGCGCACCUCAACUACCACCGCUCCCUUCUCUCCUGGGGAAUCAUCAACGCCACAUACGAGCUUCUGCUCAGUGUUCUGAUACUGGAAGGGUCAUAGAAAGUGAGGGGGAAUAGAAAGUGAGGGGGAGAGCGAGGAAAAAGACUUGGGAAAGUGUUGUUUGAUGAUCGCAGUUGGUGCUCUUUUUUUUGUUAUUGUUGAAACUCUGAUGUGCCCACUGCCCACCCAAACAGGUCUAGAUGGUGUAUGUAUGUGGGUGGGUAAGGGUCUAUGGCAAGUAGAAGAGGACAAAGGUUAUCUGAAAGGUGAAGUUGCGCUACUGACAAUGGUCACCAGUCGGUGUGAGAUUAAACAAGACAGUCAAUUUGAGUCAUGGUAUUUAGAAGGCACUUGUAUCUACACAAGUCCUGCGUCUGGGUCCAACAUGCAACGAAAGCCUUCUUCAAUACAUUUUUGUGUGUAGUCUGAUGUGGUUCCCAGCAGAAAGUGUCAGAGGCAGUUUACUGGGUGUAAGCCUUUUUAGAGUGACGAAGAACUAUUCAUUGUGUUGACCAGUGCUUUGAUCUGUGUGCAUUGAUUAUUAGUCCCCUCAACCCCUCUCCUUUCUCUACUCUUGUCCUCUGAUUGUGAACUCUGGUAUACUGAUUUGUUGUCCAACUAUUUACCAUGUCGGUCAUCUUGGAUUAUGCACUGAUUCGACCCAUAGAGAAUGAUAGAGGCCUCUAGUGGCCAAAAGGCCGUUUUAGCAUGGGCAGCACCAUUGGGGGCUUCCACCAUGCUUCUGCCAUUUUAAAAUACUCAAAAUAGUCAACUGGGUGGGGAUUCCAUUAGAGUAAUACAGUGUGAGUCAUAAUACCCAUCAAAUCUAGCGGUCAAGCAGGGAAAUUGUUCCAAUUGUUUUUCCACCAUUGAUUUUUCCUAUAGGGGAUUUUAGAAACACUUAAAGUAAGGGCUGUGUUUUGUGUAGGCUUACCCUGGCGUUACGUUUUGAUAACUGUAAAUCUCUAGGUGAAGGUGACUUUUUAAUACAUAGGAAUUCGGGCAAAUAUAUUUAUCUGUGAAAUGCUAAUGUGUCUAUCAUAAAGAACUACAAAUGUCAUGAUGAUCUGGACAAGACUGCCGAAUCGAGGCACAGGUAAGAAUCUCUGGAUUAACUAUCUAAUGUUAGCUAAAUGUAGUAAUGGAUAAAUUGUCUACAAUUCUUUAAACAUUGACAAUUCUGUGAACUGUCUUGUGCAAGUUUUAAAUUGACACAAUACCUGUUAGCUGAGAUGACGUGCAAGACCUUGCAUGAUGUCUACUUUGAUGCU